CAAGCCGCAGUGUCUGUAGUUCGCUUGAGCUGCGUGUCGUCCGUGUUAUUGUUUCCGAGUAUUAUCACCGUCGUCGUAUUUAAUUUUUGUUAUAAUAUAUAAAUUAAUAAUAGUUAUUAUUAUAUUGCACUAUUAUUUGGAUCGCAAUAACACUUAACAGUGUCCGCUCAGUCGCGUGCCACAUAAUAUAUCCGUCCUUUACGAUCCGGCGAUUGUACACUUUAAAUAUUGAGUAUUAAUAAUAAUAUUAUAUUAGAAUCGAGUCCGCAAAGUAUCUUUUACCUUCACGUACAUGCACGAUGGCACCGAACCAGAUCCGUUUAUACAAAAUAAUCAAUUAACGUUUUGUAAUGAACACAUUAUCGGAGUCUGAUGUCAUUGACAAAUCUCUCAAUGUUCCUGAAAUUACCCAAAUGGCUAAUGAUAAUGAGUUGAUAUUAUCGCCAAAAAAACAUCUGGUCUGCUUUGCUACUGUCAAAGGGGAUUGUUUAGUAACAAAAAACGGUGCAUCCUAUGCUGGUAUUAAGGAGUGCCUGCUCAGUGAACGAAUGGUCGAUAAAGACGAACCAAUUGAAACUCAAAUCAUAGAUUCUGCAGUUCCUGACCCUGAUACUGAUAGUGGAAUGGAAUCUUCAGCAUCUAGCUGGGAUAGAUCAGUUAAUGAAGUAAAAGAACAUGCAUUUGCUAGGCUUGAAGAAGAAUUAAAAAAAGCCAAUGAAACAUUAAAACUUAGGGAUGAAGAAGUAUCGCGUUUAAGUAGAAUACGUGCUGAUGUUGAAUCAGAAUUAGAAGAAUUGACUGCUAGUCUAUUUCAAGAAGCUCAUAAUAUGGUAAAAGAAGCAAAUUUACGUCAGGCAGCUGCAACAAGAGCAUUAAAAGAAUCUUCAAUGAAAGUGGAUGUUUUAUCUGCAGAAGUGACAGCAUUAAAAACUCUUGUACUAACUUCUACACCAAGUCAUCCUAAUUUAUCAAGAGAAGACAGUAUCUCAAUGCCAGGAGGAUUAAGUGGAGUUGGAUUAUUUUAUCGUAAACAUAAGAGAUCUCCUUCACAUAAUAACUUAAAGUACGGCCGAGAAAAUUCGCCACCUGAUUCUCCAUUAAAGCAAAAGUCUAACCAAGGAGUAACAGACAUAGAAACUUUAGACAUAUCUAAUAGUGCUGAGAUUGAUCCAAACGUGCAUCGUGAAUUUGUUCUUUGGAUGAAAUCUCCUACUUUAGACAAAUCAGAUGCCUUCAUAAGUAGAAUAUACAGAGAAGAUAUCGAUCAAUGUCUGGAAUUUAAUAAUUCAACUUUGGCAAUGGAUGUUAGAAAUGCAAUAGAAUCUGGGAAUCUUUUUAUUGAAUCUAUGGACAAGUCAAAAUCUCAUUUUCCAAAAAAAUGUGCACUAAUGGAAUUGCCAUUAUUAUGUCUCUAUAGAAUGAAUUUAGGCGGAGCAGAUAGCGAAUGCUAUUGCAUAUCACAAAUUUGUCGAAAUAGAAUUACAGCUGUAUGUGAUUUCCUCAACUAUCUCAGAUACAUUCAAAGAGGCUUAGUCAAAAGUCUAGAAAACGAUAUGUACUGGGAAAUCGUAAGACUGCGAAAACAAAUGAUGUUGGCUAAGUUGGGUCUAGCUUUGACAUCGUAGUAUUGGUAAUGUAAGCAAUAAAAAAAAAAAUGUGCUGGUUAUAAAACAAAGAAAACCAAAGUAUGUAAUAUUAUUAUAGUAACAUUAUUGAAUCACGGUCAAAGGUACUAACAAUACAAAUGUAACGUGUAAUUUUUGUGAUCAUAUCUUGUGAUUUUUUUUAGAUUUUAUUGGAUAGAAAAUAUAUAUAUAUAUAUUAAGUAUAA